CACCGGAAGUGAGAAGUGGGAACCAGUGCACAGCUGUGCGUUGUGUUCCGUGGCUAUUUGACGCUAGCGGUUAGCCACUUCGCUAAAAAGGUGAACAUAACAGCGGACGCCGAGUGGGGAAAACAUACACACCUCGACAGCGACUUGAAGACUUUCGGUCAACAAUGGGGAAAGGCGGAGGUACAUUCGAGAGGCUUCUGGAUAAGGCCACUAGUCAGCUACUGCUAGAGACCGACUGGGAAUCCAUCCUGCAGAUCUGCGAUCUCAUUCGACAAGGAGACACUCAGGCGAAAUAUGCAAUUGGUGCUAUAAAGAAAAAGCUGAAUGACAAAAAUCCACAUGUGGCCCUCUAUGCACUUGAGGUCCUUGAGUCUGUGGUUAAAAACUGUGGGCAGACCAUUCACGAUGAGGUGGCAAGUAAACAAACCAUGGAAGAGCUGAAGGACCUAAUCAAGAAACAGACGGAGCCAAAUGUACGUAACAAAAUCCUUUACUUGAUCCAAGCCUGGGCCCACGCCUUCCGCAAUGAGCCCAAAUACAAAGUGGUGCAAGACACCUAUCAGAUCAUGAAAGUGGAAGGUCAUGUGUUCCCUGAGUUUAAGGAGAGUGAUGCAAUGUUUGCAGCAGAACGAGCCCCAGACUGGGUUGAUGCGGAGGAAUGCCACCGGUGCAGAGUCCAGUUUGGAGUGAUGACAAGAAAGCACCACUGUCGAGCGUGCGGGCAGAUCUUUUGCGGCAAGUGUUCCUCAAAGUAUUCCACCAUCCCCAAGUUUGGAAUAGAGAAGGAGGUCCGUGUGUGUGAGCCCUGCUUUGAGCAGCUGAACAACCACCCUUCCUCUCCUUCACUUAGGAAAGCCGAGCUCAAACCGGCAUCUACCAGUGCUGCCGAAUUGCCUCCAGAGUAUCUCACCAGCCCGCUCUCCCAGCAGUCACAAAUGCCUCCAAAAAGAGACGAGGCGGCGCUGCAGGAGGAGGAAGAGCUACAGCUGGCCAUCGCUCUCUCCCAAAGUGAGGCAGAGGAAAAAGAGCGAAUGAAGAACUCGUACUCCGUGUAUCCAAAGACAGACCCCACCCCAGUCACCUCCUCAGCACCCCCAGUCAGCACCCUCUACACGUCCCCUGUGAAUUCAUCUGCUCCGUCAGCCGAAGAAGUUGACCCCGAGCUGGCCCGUUACCUAAACAGAACGUACUGGGAGAAGAAGCAGGAGGAGGCCCGCAAGAGUCCCACGCCCUCGGCCCCAGCUCCCGUGUCACUGGCCGAACCGCCGCCACCAGUCAGCGUUCCUGUGAGCGUUCCCCUCAGCGCGCCAGCCAACCAACCCGUGGAAGCUCAUGUGGCUGUGCAGCCCGUCAGCAUUGUAGAGCAACAGUACCAGAACGGCGAGUCGGAGGAGAACCACGAGCAGUUCCUGAAGGCCCUGCAGAACGCCGUGACUACCUUCCUGAACCGAAUGAAGAGCAACCACAUGCGCGGGCGCAGCAUCACCAACGACAGCGCCGUCCUGUCCCUCUUCCAGUCCAUCAACAACAUGCACCCGCAGCUCCUGGACAUCCUCAACCAGCUUGAUGAAAAACGACUGUACUACGAAGGGCUGCAAGACAAGCUGGCUCAGGUGCGCGAUGCUCGGGCGGCCCUCAACGCGCUUCGGGACGAGCAUAGGGAGAAACUGCGCCGUGCCGCAGAGGAGGCAGAGAGGCAAAGGCAGAUACAGCUGGCGCAAAAACUGGAGAUCAUGCGGCAGAAGAAGCAGGAGUAUUUGGAGAUGCAGCGGCAGCUGUCCAUCCAGCGCCUGCAGGAGCAGGAGAAGGAGCGCCAGAUGCGUCUGGAGCAGCAGAAGCACACCAUUCAGAUGAGAGCUCAGAUGCCCGCCUUCUCUCUGCCCUAUGCACAGAUGCAGUCUUUGCCCCCAAACGUAGCAGGUGGGGUGGUGUACCAGCCUGGUGGGCCGCCCGCCUACCCGGGCACCUUCAGUCCAGCUAACUCAGUGGAAGGUUCCCCUCUGCACAACCUCUACAUGAACCAGCCGGGCCAAGGCGCGCCACCACAGUACCAGGCCAUGCCACCUGCUGCCACAGAUCCCAGUAUGGUGAAUGCAUACAUGUAUCAGCCUGCUGCCACGAACGGUCAGCCAGCUCCUCCUCCUGGUCAGGGUCCGCCCGCCACUAGUACACCCUACUCCAACUACCAGCCCACACCCACGCAAGGCUACCAGAAUGUGGUGUCGCAGGCCACCCCCACCAACGGCAUGGGCUACAUGGGCUACCCGCCCUACAGCAUGCAGAACAUGAUUUCAGCACUUCCGGGCCAAGACCCCAAUAUGGCCGUCCAACAACAGUAUAUGUCUGGCCAGCAGCCCAUGUACCAACAGGUGGCUCCCCCUAGUGGCCCUCAACAGGCACCUCAACCGCCACCACAGCAGCAACAGCAGCAGCAGCAGCAGCCGCCCCAACAGCAGCAGCAGCAGCAUCAGCACCAUCCCCAGGUGGUCCCCGGCAAUGCGGAGGCGCAGCUCAUCUCGUUCGACUGAAAGCUGCUCCUGCUUGCUUGUUAUCACGCGUCUCACACACUACUACCCCAAACACACCCCUCUCCUCAUGGGUUAUGUCUCCACCACACUGUCACGUCGUGGCGGUGUGAAAUGUUGUGAUGCUCCCUUUACGUAAGUCUGGAAGUGGGUGGGCUAACGCGCAUCUUAUCUGUUCCUUGUAUUUCCUCCUUCAUAAAUAGUCUCUUAAAAAUGGAAUAAGAAAAUACUAAUUACCAGGCGAAAAAAUACUUUUAAGUGUCAAGCAUGUUGAUUUUGUUUUUCUUUUUUAAAUUGUAUUGCAGAGUGGAGCCUCUCUUGAGUACUGAUUUUUUUUGACUGAGUUGGUUAAAUGGGUUUGUCUGUAAGCAGAGGAAGCACAGUGAGAGGCUCGGAAUGAACAGCACUAACUCAUCAGCACGAUCACAGCUUAACAUUCCGCUUGUUGGUUCCAUCUUCUCCUUCCACACAAACUGUCUACCUUUGUUUUGGCAUUCCCUUGUCAUUAUUGUUUGCAAUUUUUAAAAACGGAUAGGCAAAGAUACAUGGUUGAACCCAAGAAGGGAUAGCGCAAGUACAAAGCGAUCAUUUAUUUCAUUCGCAUCAUAGCUCUCAUACUGCAAGUAUCUGCUAAAAUGCAUUCUUUCCGUGUGCGGGGAGAGCGACUCGAAACACAUUUGCUCCGCAUGUAAUCCAUUGCCGGUCACCAAUCAGCUCUUUUUGUGACGUUGUGAUUCUUCUUUCCUCCAUCAAGGCCAUCUGUCUGGCUCACAAGUAAUUUUAAAUUUAUAUUUAAUAAAUAUCUUCUUAUUGUCCA